AUGGGUAGCUCGAGUCCUGACUGGCAGCUUCGGUUAGAACAAGACGGCUUCGUCGUUCUUCCUAACAGGAUAUCCGCCGAAGACUGCGCCGAGUUCCGUGAGGAGGCCCUCAGCUGGCUGGAAAAGUUUCCCCAUGGCUUUAAGCGAAAUGACCGGUCGACAUGGACUUCAGAACACUUACCUUACAGCGUAACGGGCGGAUUGUAUAACCGAUAUUCAAUAGGCCAUGAGGCGUUCGUAUGGAAGAUCAGAUCUCAACCCAAGAUAGUUGAGGCCUUCGCCCAGCUUUGGGGAACCGACGACCUCAUCGCCAGUUUCGAUGGGAUAAACAUCACAUUGCCCAUCAAUGAGGAAACCGGCAGGACAGACCUCAAGCCAACAGGAGCCUGGCCACACAUGGACCAAAACCCACGAAAAUACGACCAUUUCGAACUAUACCAAGGCAUCGCCAACUUGGCCCCCAACGGGCCGGAAGACGGCGGCCUCUGCGUUCUCAAGGGCUCGCACCUGCUCCACGAGAACCACUUCGCUGCUAUCGGCGGGUACCGGCCGGAGCAGGACGUGGGUGAAAAGGAAAACGGCUACAACUUCAGGCCCGACGACGCGGACUGGUACAAGGCACGGGGCUGCGAGGAAGUCAAGGUCUGCGCCGGCGAGGGCGACCUCAUCCUGUGGGACUCGCGGCUCAUCCACUGGAACGCCAGCCCCUCGGAGCUGGCGCGCAAGCUGGAAAUAUUCAAGGCGCGGAAAAGCACUACCCACUGGCCGCAACAAAACGUGGUCCCCGUUGAUCGCAAGGAUAGCAACGCAGUCCCUCGCCGGCCGGAUGGUACACCGGAUCCGGCAAAUCGGACGCGUCCGUUCCUGGAGCCGGAGGAAACACCGGCGGUUCUGAGGCUUGUCGGUGUGAGAGGCUGA